AUGUAUCUUCACUCCAUGCUCAUUGCCCUCCUGCUCGCUCCCAGAAUCCUGGCAGAUCCAUACGCACAAUACAUCCUUACUCCUGCCUCGAGGACAGUAUACCCUGCAUCGGUCUACAACGUCAACGGCACUGUGGAAAAUGCAGUAGGAUUGGUGGGAGCAAGAGGCUCAGCCAGUUUCAGGGGUCCGUCAGCGGUCACAUAUGACUUUGGCAAGAACAUUGCUGGAAUAGUUUCAUUCGAUUUCAACGCAAGUGCUAGCGCAUCGGACCAAUUCAUCGGUAUCAGUUUCACCGAAAGUUCAUUGUGGAUCAACGCCGAAGGCUGUGAUGCGAUGGCCGAUGCAGGCAUUGAUGCGCCCCUUUGGUUUCCUGCCACUGGCCAGGGCCGGGCGCAAGCAUCGAAGGAACACCAGCGUGGAGGAUUCCGCUAUUUGAACGUAUACCACAAUGCCAGCGGGGAGACCUCCGUCAGCAACCUCUCCAUCCACUUUACAGCACUUCCCCAGAAAACGGAAGCCGACUUGCAAGAAUACACCGGCUAUUUCCACACCAACGACGAGCAAUUGAAUAGAGUUUGGUAUGCUGGCGCGUACACCAAUGAGCUGUGCACUAUCGACCCGACUGCUGGCAAUUCGUUGAUCUAUCUGGGCACUAUUACAUCAAACGACACCGAGACAACUCCGUUGCCUUGGUACCUAAAUUACACGAUCGCGACAGGGAAAAGUGUCUUGGUUGAUGGAGCCAAACGUGACCGGCUGGUGUGGCCCGGCGAUAUGUCAAUUGCGACACCUUCCAUCUUCGUCUCUACGAAUGAGUUAAGCACCAUAAGAGACUCUCUAGACUCUCUCCUACGACUGCAAAAUAGCUCUACAGGCGCAUUGCCUUAUGCCGGGGUACCUUUCAGCGAGGUCUUGCCAAUAUUCAGCUUUACUUAUCAUCUUUACUCGUUGAUUGGCAUUUAUGACUAUUACCUGUACAGCGGGAACCUAUCGUACGUAUCUUCCAAUUGGGAAAAGUUCAAAUUCGGUCUCAACUAUUCGACAAGCUUUAUCGACGCCUCCGGAAUGGCCAACGUCACCACAUCGGCUGACUGGUUACGCUUUGGAAUGGGUGGCCACAACAUAGAAGCCAACGCGAUCUUGUUCUACACGUUGAAUCUGGGCACCACCCUGGCCGGCGUUUUGAAUGAUACAACCGUGGGCGCCUGGUCCAAGUACGCAACGGAGAUCAAGACGGCAGCCAAUGCUCGACUGUGGGAUCCGUCAGCCAACCUGUACCGUGACAACGACACGAGGCCACUCACACAGCUACAUCCGCAAGAUGGCAAUGCAUGGGCCGUUCUCUCGAACUUGACGACCUCACCUGCUCAAAACGUCAACAUCACCACAGCUCUGGCUUCACGCUGGGGCAAGUACGGCGCCCCGGCCCCUGAGGCCGGAACGACCGUCUCGCCUUUCAUCUCUAGCUUCGAGAUCCAGGCGCACUACAUCGCUGGGCAACCAAGCAAUGCCAUCAGGCUGAUGAAGUUCAUGUGGGGCAAUUUCAUGCUGGACGAUCCUCGCAUGACCAAUAGCACCUUUAUCGAAGGAUACUCCACCAACGGUGACUUACAUUAUGCGCCUUAUCUUAAUGAUCCCCGCAUCUCACAUGCUCAUGGAUGGGCUACGGGGCCAACUAGUGCCUUGACUUUCUAUGCUGCCGGGUUACAGGUGACCAGUGAGGCAGGCAAGACUUGGAAGAUUGCUCCUCAACUGGGAGGACUGAAGUUUGCCGAAGCCGGGUUUCAGACCUCCUUGGGCAAUUUCUCGUCCAACGUCACCGCCAUGGAUGACGGUGGCGUGAGUGUCAUGUUCGAAACACCUGUCGGGACGAGCGGAAGUGUUGUCUUCCAGCACGAGGCCACACAGGGAGGGCAAGCUAUCGUCACGACUGCCGGUGGACAGCCUCGGCUUGUGAAAAGGACUCUCAUUCAACGCGGCGGACCUGGAUUUGCGGCAGUCCAUGAUCUUCCCGGCGGAAAAUACGAAGCCAAGCUGUUGCUUGCAUAA